GCUCGGCUCCGGGUUUCAAGAUGGAGUCGCUUAGUAGAGCUGGGCAGGAGAUGAGCCUAGCGGCCCUGAAGCAACACGACCCCUAUAUCACCAGCAUCGCAGACCUCACGGGUCAGGUCGCUCUGUACACCUUCUGCCCCAAGGCAAACCAGUGGGAGAAGACUGAUAUAGAAGGGACCUUAUUUGUAUAUAGAAGGUCAGCUUCACCUUACCAUGGUUUUACUAUUGUGAAUCGACUGAAUAUGCACAAUCUAGUUGAACCAGUGAAUAAAGAUUUGGAGUUUCAGCUCCAUGAACCAUUUCUUCUGUAUAGAAAUGCAAGCCUAUCGAUAUACAGUAUCUGGUUUUAUGACAAGAAUGACUGUCACCGCAUAGCAAAACUCAUGGCUGAAGUGGUAGAAGAGGAGACACGGCGAUCCCAGCAAGCUGCUCGGGAUAAACAGAGUCCCAACCAGGCCAAUGGUUGCAGCGACCACAGGCCCAUCGACAUCCUGGAGAUGCUGAGCAGAGCCAAGGAUGAAUACGAGAGGAAUCAGAUGGGUGACUCAAAUAUCUCCAGCCCUGGGUUACAGCCAAGCACUCAGCUCUCCAAUCUGGGAAGCACAGAGACUCUAGAAGAGAUGCCCUCUGCGUCACAAGAUAAGUCUGCUCCAUCUGGACACAAACAUCUGACAGUGGAAGAGCUAUUUGGAACCUCUUUGCCAAAGGAACAGCCUGCAGUCAUGGGUCUGGAUUCAGAAGAAGUGGAGAAGCUGCCAGUAGAUGCCUCCCAGAAAGAUCCCAGCUCAUUCCUACCAUUUACCUUUGAUCAAUCAGGAGGAGUCCCACAGUCAGAAAACCUAGGUGUUCAUUCUGCUGCCCACCACUCAGUCCAACCCGAAGUCACCACCCCACUGCUAAUCACUCCAGCCUCUAUCACACAGUCUAGUGAGAAGCAUGCCCCAAGCUACACAAUCCCGUUGAGCCCUGUUCUCAGUCCCACUCUACCAGCUGAAGCUCCUAGUGCACAGGUUCCCCCCAGCUUACCUCGAAACAGCACCAUGAUGCAGGCAGUGAAGACCACGCCUAGACAGAGGUCUCCACUCCUGAAUCAGCCAGUCCCUGAGCUAAGCCACACCAGUCUGAUUGCCAGCCAGAGCCCCUUCAGGGCCCCAUUGAGUGUGACGAACACAGCUGGCACAUCCCUCCCAAGUGUUGAUCUUCUCCAGAAACUCAGGUUGACCCCACAGCAUGACCAAAUACAGACGCAGCCACUUGGGAAAGGUGCAAUGGCACCCAGCUUUUCUCCAGCAUCCAGCCAACUGGCCACACCUGAGAGCUUCAUAGAGCCUCCCUCCAAGACAGCAGCAGCAAGAGCAGCACCCUCAGCCUCCCUCAGCAACAUGGUGCUUGCUCCCCUCCAGUCUAUGCAGCAGAACCAGGAUCCUGAAGUAUUUGCCCAGCCUAAGGUGUUAUCCAGUGCCAUCCCGGUUGCAGGCCCCCCACUGGUUACUGCAACAACCACAGCAGUGUCUUCAGUCCUUCUGUCCCCAAGUGUUUUCCAGCAGACAGUUACAAGGUCCACAGACCUUGAGAGGAAAGCAAGCUCCCCUUCUCCUCUAACUGUUGGAACACCAGAAAAUCAAAGAAAGCCUUCCAUUGUUCUCAGCAAGUCUCAGCUCCAGGAUACGUUAAUACAUCUAAUAAAGAAUGAUUCCAGCUUCCUUAGUACACUUCAUGAAGUCUACUUGCAGGUUCUGACCAAGAACAAAGACAACCACACCUUAUGACUGGAGUGGAAUAAAUCUGAAGGCAGGUUGUCAACCUGUGAAAAAAAUAUGCCUCAUCAUGGAAACUUCUAAGCAAAACAUUGAGUUUUGAGAAUCCUGAAAUUGAGCCUAUGAGAAAGGGACUCAUUUCCUUAAGAAUGUUUUCCAAGUGGCAUUCUCAGUGAUAAUCAAGGUUUCACUGUGAAGCAUCACCAGCAGACCUUUGUUUUGACAAAAAAAAAAAAAAAUCAUCGUAUUAAGUUAUGUGGGUGUUUUCAUCAGCUAUAAACGAAUGUGUGAAAUGAGGAGUGUGAUUUUCAGCUUGCUUUCACUUUCAAGGACUUCGGGAGAAUUCAACAGCCUUGCCUCAGUCAGAGUUCACCCCAGCCCACACCCUUUCCCCUCCCCCUAUGCCCUAUAAACUUGGGCGUUAGGCUGAUCAUCAAGUUCUAAACAGGAGAGGUCAGCUCUGCAAAGUAGCUUCGAGUUUUAAGGAUCAGAAUUUAAGUUGGUAAAUUAGAAGUUAUUCAAAUGGAGUAUAUUUUAUAUGAAUGCCCCAUUUGGGCUGAAAAGUUCUGAAAUUUCUCAAUUGUGUUUUGCUUUUAAGUGUCCCCAGUCCUGCCAUGCAGCGGGCUCCCAGCACAGCCUUCCCUGUCAGGCUCUGUGGUGACGUGGGAGCAGGCAGGUCACACCCUUGAAGCAAGGGCUGGGGCUGGUAAGUCCCAAAUCCUGUCAGAAAGAUUCACUUUAAGUUAAACUCUCCAAUGGUUUUGAAAAUGUUAAGUUUGUGUGUGAAACACAGCCUUAUUUUCCUUUUCUGUCUAAACACAGAAGUCAUUGUUGAUUGUUUUCCUUAACACUUUGAGACGAGGACCAGCGGACCAAUCUGACAAAGCCAUUCUGGUUCCAUUCCUCAAGUGUACUGAGAACCAUUUUAAAGCUAUGCAGAAAAGGGAGCUGUUAUUCACACUGCCCUUACUUUGUUGUAGAAUAUAGAGUUCAAAAGAAAGUGUGAAAUUCAGAACUUUACCAAUGUAUUCCUAGGCUGUGAGUACUUUUCCAGCCCAAAGUGUGAAAUUAUGUAAAGAUGCUUUGUUAUGCUGCUAUUGAUCUGCCACGAUUUAUAUUUAUUCUUUUAUGGCAUGUAAUGAUGUUUAGUAAUAUUUUGAUGUAGAUUUUGAUUGAUUUCAGCAAUAGUAAUUUUAAGGUAUUCUUUGAAUGAAGGUGUCUUUGUUUCUACGAUACAGGUCAUUUUGUAGUAUUUAACCAAUUAAGAUGCACUGCUUACUUUUCUGAGCACUAUUUAAUGAUGGGGUAAAAACCCAAUUGGCUCAACCAGCUAGCAUAAGGAUUAGCUGUGAAUAAUGCUGACAGAUGUGAUGGUUCCUUGGGAACAAUCAUUUAAGCUUUAAUGUAACUCAAUUGUUAAGUCCGUAGAUUUUUUUUUCUAGCUGAAAUUUUAGAAAAUUACUUGAGAGUUACGUACUUGUUUUAGUUUGAUCUUAGUUUUUUAGCAUAAAGAGUACUUUGAUUGGCUUUUGUUCAUCUUAACUUGCUCCCUGAACAAUGUUUCUGCUUCUAAUUAUUGUCUUCUAUUGCUGUUUAUCUAGUUAUAUGUGGAUUGUGCAGAGUUCAGGGAAGCUUAUAAGUUUUCAUACUCAAUUAGGAAUAGUUUGUUUUCAAAGACAGUGUAUAAAUUCAGCAACCAAAAAUGAAUUGCUUGUGGAUCAUCCAGGAAAGAGAAAGUGAUAGUAAUAUACAGAGUGUUGCUGACACCAGGAGAUGGUGUCCAGGGAGUCACGUUACUGUUCUCAUAAAAUGGAUGCACUAGUAGGUUUAAUCGCAUCCCAAGUGUAGUCUCAGUGGGCUUUGAUAAAUGGACGAAUCAAGGGAUUCUUGUUAUAAUAGACAUUUGAACUUAAAUGAUCUUUUGAGUAUGUAUAAUAUAUGAAAGAGUUAAGAGAGAAUAUCCUAGAGGGAAUCUGUAAUCAUAUCUUAAGUUUCACCCUAUGUCCUAGAAAUGAAUAUGAUAGUAAAGUGAAUCUAUGAUAAGGCUUCCUCAGUGUGAAAGUAAACUUUUUAAGUGCCCAAGUCAUGGAGACUUGAAAAGGGUAAACCUGUUUCAACUCCCAAAUUUCUAUAUUCACAGCAUUUACUUAAAAUUCAGAAGACAGAAGUUCACAGUCUUGAUUACCAGAAAGUUCAGGCCAGAAUGAGUCCCUAGAGAAGCCAGGCCAAGUCUGGAUAGUUGCAGUUGGAUGACCCUGGCCUGAAAGUCACAGUUCAGUUGCCUUAUUUCCUCCUCGUUCAGGCUUACUAUCCAGAACCUCAUGCUAGCUUUGGUUGCGUGUUUACAUUGUUGCAGUGUCUUUACUGGAACCUUAGUUGAAUCAAAAUGGACACCAAGAUGGAGAUGCGUCUUGCUUGAUUUUACAGAACCCCAGGAGACCUCCAUUUAGACUACUCUGUCCAUCUGUGUGCCCACCCCCACCCCUGGGGUCCAAGUGUAGGCUCCGGGAGGAGCAGCCCAAAGCUUAGAGAAGAGGUGUGUCUGGAGCGUCACCAGUGGGUGGCGCUGCUCUUUUUGUUGUUAUUAAUGCGAUAUCUUUGAAUGGAUUCCCACACCUCCUUUAAGACGGAGGCUCCUCUUUUUUGUGCAUCUCUCCUAGGAUUUGUAAGGUGUGAAAGUUGGACUACUUGACUUUGAAUCUAAGUUUUCAAGUAACUGUCAGUAUCAGGAGAAGCAUUUCAUGCUGUCUACAUAUGGAAUGUCCACAGCUUACCUUUGAAAGCUUAGGUAUAGCCAUCACAAAGAGUGGUGUUGUGUUAAGAACCCAAGUCCAUCUGGGCCCUUCUCUGCAGGAGGAUGUACAGGCUUAAUUUAGAAUAUGUCUGACCAGAUUUUGCAUGUCAAGCAUUUGUUCUUUUUCAGGCCUUUGUUUUCUUGUAGAAAUUAUAAACCCCAUCAAAUCCACUACUAAGUAAAUAUUUUUUAAACCAUGCAGCUUUAUUACUGCCCUUCCCCAAAGAAUGUAGUUUGAAAUUUUCUCAUUUUGGUAGUAGAGGCCGUAACUGCCAUUGUAUUACUAAUAAUGCAACAUGAAAUUGAAGGUGCCUAACUGCUUAAAAAACAAAAUCAGCCAUCAUACUGUAAAUCUGAGAGGAAUGAGAGCUGGCACAGGCAUGAGGGGGCUCAGCCCGCGUGAGUGAAGAGAACUGAGGAAUCACAGGGGCCGAGGGCCUGUGUCCUUGCUUCACAUUUGCUGCUGAGCACAGGUUUCUUUCCUGCCUACCUUUGGUUUCCUUCAGUUGUGUUCAAAGUACCUACUAGAACCAGUAGUGCCCUAUGUUUUCAAGUGUCAAAAAUAUUAAGAUCUGAGCAAAGUAAAGUGACUUACACUAGCAUUUUUAAAAGCUGCUUGAGUACAUUUCUGAGUGGGCCAGGGCCUCAAGGAGCCUAUUUUUCAGCAAAUUCAGCGAGAGAGAUGUGUGCAAUGUUUCACUCAGUUAGUAUUUGACAUCUUCAUUUAAAAUGCUAAAAUGCAAUACUGUUCCCUUUGAAGUAGGGAAAAUGCAAAAUUGUGUUUCCCUUUUAUCUGUGUGAUUCCUUAAGAAACGUGUUUUUAAAAUAUGUGUUCUAAAUUGUUUUUUAUUCUGUGUUACUGCUUUGGCCAUGUCGCUCUCAUGACUUUCAUUGUACCAGAGCCUCAGCUCUGUGAAAUGUGGAAAUGAGAGGCUCUGGAAUUACAGCAAGAUUUUUGUUCCAUGAGCGCAAUACUGCAUCAUUAACAUUUUUAAUGGUAUGGAUUUUAUACCAUCUGUGUAUGUUUGCAAAUAUUAAGUUAUUACAUGUUUUAAAAUGAGCAUUUUUCAUCCUAAAUUUUAUA